AUGGCGGACCAUAAUAAUCCUCAGUGGCAUGGCCGCGCGACUCAGCGCCUCCCUUCCCCGCCCAACGUAAACAGCCCUCUCUCACCAGCCAGUGGAGGAAACAACCCCAUAUCCUUUCAGACGAAUGUGAAUCGUGCAAAGACAAAGCGUUGGGUCGAGGCAAAGCAAUAUUCAUACGACGGUGGCGAUUGGGGCGACGAGGACGAUGAGGAGGAUGAGGAGCCCCCGCUCCCUCCUCAGCCACCAUAUGCAACCCACAGGACCGGUAGCUCAUCGGAGUUGAGCUCCAAGCGCUUGUCCGGACUUGGAUUUGGAACCGAUGAGUCGCGAGCAAGCCCCUCGGCCGAGGCCAGGGCAAACUCUAGUGGCGGUGAUAAGGUUUUGCCUUUCGUCAGACCUGUCGACCUUUACAAGCGCAUGCGUGAAGAGAAGCCUUCGGUUGAUUCUGGACGUCAGGCUGCGGCCUCGCCAAAUCCGAUUGUGAACCCUCUGGCGCAGGCACCUGUACCUGCCAAUGCACCCUCGGCAGCUACUCGGGAUACAUCCUCAAUGGGUUUACCUGAGGUGAAACGAAUGUCUUCAUUUGGAACCGAUUUCUUAGGUGGUAGUGAUUUCACCUCGCAACAAAAGGCUACUCCCGAGUCUCAGCAGUCCGUCUUGCAACAUAAUCCCUCCCAGGCCUCUUCGCAGGGGUUCACGUCCGUGGUCCAUCAAGCUUUUGAUGUUCCCGAAACCCCUAAUUCCACCACUGCUGGCAGUGUGGGUCGGUCCAAUAGCGAUGGCACUUCUAUAAUCAGCCCCAUCAUGAGCAACCGGACGUAUCAAGACGACAAAACGCCUACAAUUCAUGAAGAUCCUGCGGAGUUCAACACCCCUACCGGAUCCUCAACGCAGCCCGCAGGCGAUUUCUUCAAGGCUGGUCACCGACGGGAUAUAAGCCUUCCCAGUCGGGAUAACAGCCCCUCGAAGCUACCUGUGGUCACAGAUCAGGACCCUCCCAAGUCAGGCCAUGGAGAAAUCUCAGCAGUCUCUCCGGGUCAAAAUUACGAUCAGCCUCAGGCUAAUAUUCCGUCUUCAAAUCCCGCGGACAAGGAUUUCGUCGCGCCUCUCAAAUUUGGUAGCACUGGAUCCGAGGGAUACCGUGGGGAAAUUCCUACAAUUGUCGCAGGCAGCUCACCAGAAGAUGCCGACAAUGAUAGGCUGCGGGAAGAAAUCAUGCGUUCAUUGAGCCGAGAGAAUUCUCAAGAGCCGGAGGAGCAGCCCCAGUCACAGGUUGCUCAGGAGGAGUCUAUUCCGCAUCAGUACGAGAAGUUCUGGGAUGGUACCCCUCAACCCAUAUCUACUCUCGAUACUGCUCCCAGGCAUCUCGCUUCUGAGUCGAAUGCUCUUGCUCCGCAAAAUCCAUGUGCGACUGCUGAGACUUCCAGUGGAGAUGCUCCUCCGAGUAAACCGAAAAUGGCAAGGCGCUUCUCAUGGGAAUCAUCCGAUGGGGAAACUCCUACACCGCAAAUUCCCGGUGGCUAUACUUCUCCUCCGCCAUUGAACGCUGCACUUGCCAUCCAAGAGCCUGAGCCCAUUGCCGAUGACUCUGAUCAGCCGGCUUCAGAAGGUCUGUCAACGGAAGCGCCGAUUGCCGAAGGCGAAGUUUCCGGCUCGGACAGCCAGCGCGUCGAAAAGCCUAGGCUGUCAAUUGUCCUUCCCACAGCUGACGGAAGCCCUCCGCCGCCCCAAAUUGCGGGGCCAAGAGACAGUCCGCAACCCGAAGCUGAGGUUGUGACUGCAAACUUCGGGAACUCAGAUACCAAUGAGUCGAAACUGCAGGGCUUCCGCGAAAUUCUCGCUUUGACGACUCCGCAAGCGCGUAUCCGGGCUUUUGACCAGACGAGAGAUCAAUUUGCCGGCCUUGACUCGGGUCUAACUCACUGGCUCGAGCUUAGUGUCGAUGACCACCCGGAGCAUGCCGGUCUAGUCCAGUCAACCCAGAGCUUGUCGGCCGAUUUCCCUCGGACAUCGCCGGCUCGAAGCAAGUUUCCCAAGCUGGGAUCUCUGGGUAACCUCACUACCAGAGAUGAGACCGCGCCGGCCAACGCCGGCCACAUCCGGCGCCCAUCUGGCCACAUUGGAACAAUAGUCAACAGGCAGAAUGUCGCGCAAAGUGGGAAGGAUCUCCUUCACACCGCGGGAUCAUUCGGUGGUAAGGCGGGUGAGGCCGCCAAGGGACUAUUUGCCAAGGGCAGGAGCAAGUUCCGACCCAGCGGAGACAAGGGUCAAUCGACAACUGAAGGACGACGGAAAUCGGGCCAAUUUCAGUUCUCGUUCCCCUCUGAGUCUACGGGUGAACAUGGUAGCUCUUCCUUGCGGAGGUCUCUCGAUAUCGGGAAUCUUCCCAUUUUCAGAGGCCGAAAUGAGACCUCUACAGCCCGUGCUGAUGUGAAGGAGACUUCGCAGGAGGGUCCGGCCGAGGGAGAGCUUCCAGGUAAGCGUUUCAAAAGGCGCCGGUCUAUGGACUUUUUGCGAAGUACAUUCGGUGUGGGUUCUUCGUCAGAGACUACGAAAGCUACGCCCUCCAACGUGGAAAAACGCAAGAGUGGAGCAUUCAUUGGCAAAUCCGAUUUUACCAAUGACUUUGAACAGGAAACGAUUGCUGCUCUUGGUCUUUCUCCGACCAAGCCUGGUCCUGAAGAGUCCCUUACUAAGCCUGCGGAGCAGUUGUCAAAGGACGAGUCUAGGGGUGCCACUUCAGCAAGUCAAACAGCCACUGGUGCGGAUAAAGAGUUUCCUAAAGACAAAAGCCUGCCGGCUCUUCCUAGCCAGAAUUCAAAUGGCCGAGUCUCGGUCGAGGUGUCGGGCGCUAAGAGCCAACCUAGUAUGGAUAUCUCCCGACCGAUGACUCCGUCAAUCCGGCCGGUAUUUGAUGAGGAUGUCAAGCCCUCUACUCCACCGAAGGACCUUCCCCCCAAAGACCUGCCGCCUAAAGGUCUCCUGUCAAGGGACGCGUCAUCGAAGGACGCCUCGCUGGCCCCGCAGCUAAGCCAGGGUCAACGCCAGCCGUCAAUCUCGACACUCGGUGCAGAUGAGAGGCACCCUCGCAGUUCCUCUGAGGGGGAGGUGGAAACACCGCCCUCUCCUAUUCAGGAGACGACAAAGGAGGCAGAUGACCCUGUAUACGAAGAACCUUUGCCUGAGGCCAACACAAUUGAACCUUCUUUGCCCUAUGAAGAAGAAAAGAUAGGGUUCGUGCCGAUCCCGAGACCACCAAGCUCAGCAGAGAUUCUUGAAUCAAAGCGCAGGUCUAUCAGCGGACUGCCGCCCUCUACUCCGGGGGUACAAAGUCCCUUGAGAAACGAAGUUAGGUACUCUCCAGGAACCAGAAGCAGCAUGUUGAGCUUUGGCAGUUGGGGGCGGCAGAGCCAGAGUCGCCCAGCUACCCCCGCCAAUGAGCUUUCUAGUCGUGCUGAUUCAGAUACUCCUGCGCCGAAUGGUGAUUCCAAAAUGAAUAAGUUGAAGAGUUUCGGAAGACGACGCCGUGCCUCGGUGGGUGAUCUUCUCACGGGCCGUCAAGACAAUAUCCAGGGAAGUACUCAGGAUCUUCCUGAAGGAGGAAAGCGGAAACGUACCUUUGGCCGGAUCAGUGUUUUGUUCAAUCGCUCCAAGGAGUCCCAGUCCUCGGAUAUUAAAAAGGAUGACCGCAUUAAACCCCAUACCAAAGCCCCCGAGUCCAAGGGUCUGCCAACACUCCCCACCAAUGGGCAUAAUGGUCAUUUCAAUGCCAAUGGCCCCAUCACAAACAAAGAGCUUCCUGCGAUGCCGGCUUUUGACUCUCUGUCAAUCGACAACGAAGCGGAUGUGCCACGCGAUGCUCGCCGCGCUAGCAUGUCUUUUCCACCCACUCUUGCAACUAAUGCUCUGCUUUCUGGUCGAUUCUAUUCUUCGACGUCUGGGGAUGUUCCAUCGUCCGCUAAACAUACUCGAGUGAAGAGCCAGCCUUUGAUGACAAUCCCGCCUCUGUCCCCUAUUGCCCCAUCUGAUUCCAAUCUGAGUAUGUCUCAGUCUUCUCAUUUGCAUACUUCCGACGGGCGGGCAUCGCAUGAGCUUCAUGCUGAGGAAGCUCAGCAAUCUCAGGAAGAGGAGGGAUCUCCCGAGCCAUUUGGAUCGGAAGCCCAGCCAGGUCUCGGUCCCAGUGUCGGUGUUAAAUCCCGCAAACAAGCAGCAGAUCAAUCCGAGUUUGCCACUACAGCCGAGACAACCGCACCCAAGAACACCACUGUCUCAAGCGCCUCCUUUCUAUCCAACCACCCCCACCGUGAUAGUUCGGCCCGCACGCUCAAUGAGUCCGCUGAGCCAGUCGAGCUCGCAAUUACCAAGGAUGACUCCAGUGAGGAGAUCCUUAUGUCCCCAACUGCAUACCCUGGACAAGAAUGGACGCCGAUGCAUUACUAG